AGAUGGCCGCCAAAAUAGACGAAUUAUAAAUAUUUCGUCAUAACCGGUGUACAACUUCCUGUCUUCAAAUUGCAAAACAUGGCGUUGCUUUUAAGGUCGAUUGCCCGACCGGGUCUCUAUGUGUCCCGAUCACAGUUUGGAGUCCUCUACAGACAUGCUGUUCCCAUGGGAACAACAGCAAAGGAGGAGAUGAAUAAAUUUUGGGCCAAAAACACCCGACUGAACCGGCCCAUGUCUCCACACAUCACCAUCUACAGCUGGUCCAUUCCCAUGAUGAUGUCAAUCACUCAUCGAGGAACAGGAGUUGGCCUUAGUGGAGGCAUCUCUUUGUUUGCGGUGGCAGCCCUGGUGUUGCCAGGUAACUACCCCUACUACCUGGACCUGAUCCACUCCCUGUCCUUCGGGCCCCAGUUCCUGGCUUUCUCCAAGUUCGCCCUGGCCUUCCCCGUCACUUACCACACCUGCAACGGCAUUCGCCACCUGAUGUGGGACACGGGUAAGGGCUUUAAGAUCCCGGAGGUGUAUCGUUCUGGCUACGUGGUGAUGGCUCUGUCUGUGCUCAGCUCCAUUGGUCUGGCCUGUCUGUGAUCGCGAGCGGCGGUGUCUGUGCUGAUGUUGAUGUGUCUGUGAUGAUGAAUAAUUAAAGGAAAUAAAUCUCUCUAUAUAUCUCUA